AUGCCAAAACUCUUACACCUCGCAGAAACAUCAAUAGAGUUGUUGACAUUGCCAUUACCGUUGUCUGAAACAAUUGCUAGAUCUUCGGAUGACACGGAAAAUGUGUUGAAGUCAGCGGUAGGUGACAACCAAACCGAGUCGAGCUCGUCGGAGCAGAAGUGCCGGCUGGGUGAAGAGUCGAAGAAUUCCUAUGUGCCGGAUAUUGGAUGGGAUAUAAGACGGAACGAUGUCAAGGUUCCGCUUAGACAGUUGUGGAUCACUGCCGAACAGAAGGAACACCUCAGCGAUAUUUACGCGACUCAGUCGGAGUAUAGGAAAACAUUUAUCGCCACAGACUCUGUUCAGGCUGUGGCCAAUACUCUCCUCACUCAGCAUGGCCUAGAUUACGCGACUCGUGAACAACUGGAGAGCAGAUGGAAGACCGUAUGGAGUACGAAGUGGAAGUCAGGGGACGGAAAUAUGCAGAGGGUACUGCUUCAAUGCGCUUGUGGUUACAAUACCGAUGCCCGUCAACACUCAACUGCCCGCCGUCUGAACAAGAACGUCUCGAAUGAGGACCUGUGGACCCGUCACGCCCCCUACGACUUCACAGGAUGUUUGGCGCACGCCGAUAUCACAUUUACGGACUCAAACAUGAUCACCCGUAUUGUAGGUUACUUCGACCACAAUGAAUCUUGUCAGACUUCCUCUCUUGUUCGCUAUCCCGCUAUCCCGAUACAUCCUCAUGUUCUAGAAGUCGCAUUGGCCCAGCUCGCAGAUGGCGCAAAUAUCCGUACCGUGCAGAAGCGUAAUACUCAGAUGUGCGAGCAGCGUCUCUAUCGUGAUCAGCUCACCACAGACCCCCUCCGGGCCAACUUUCGCUACGAGCUGAGCAGAUCCGAUUACUCUCGACUUCAUCGCCGCCAUCACGAAGCUAAGGGGAUUGAUAUCGACGUCUUACCACAGUAUAAUGUGGACGAAUGGCUACAGCCAGGGCAUCCUAAUUUCAAGCCCACCAUCUAUGAAGCCGUCUUUCACUACUCCGCUCGUACGAGCAAAUCCGAGCGUUUCGAAGUCUGUAUAUGCACUCCAGACAUGGAAGAUGCUGCUUGGUCGUACACGUACGAGUCACAGAUGAUACUCGAUGGUACUUUCGGCGUCGCAUCUUCGAGACUGCUCUUAUUCAUCGCCAUGAGCGUCGACGAAGAGCGCAAGGGUGUUCCAAUCGCUCUCUUCCUCUUCUCAGCACCUACGGGAAAUCGUGCCACUCAUGCUGGUUAUGAUACGAAGAUCCUCACAAAACUAUUGACCACUUGGAAGGAGUGGAUGACGAAACGCCCAUCUUCCCGGGGCCGUAUCUUUGCGCCUGCCACAGUGAUCACAGACACAGAUACUAAGGAGCGAGGUGCUUUGAACAUAGCUUGGCCCGGCGUAAUUCUUCUCCUCUGUAAAUUCCACGUACGCCAAUGCUGGACGAACAAGCGAACCUCUUUACUUGGAAAGCGUGUAGAGUCUGUUUGGAAGUCACACGUUCAAAACCGACUUCGAACCCUUGAAAAUGCACUUCUCGCAUCUACUACCUUCGAUAGUGCCUGUGCCCUGAUAGUCUCCGAGCGGUCGCACCUCUCCCUCCUCCAGGGCGAAUCGGAUAGCCAAAAUUUCGCUGUGGCUGGGCUUGCAUUUCUCUCUUACAUGGAAGAAACUUGGAUGAACGAAUCACUGUGGAGAAGUUGGUCUCAGUGUGGGCGCAACGAUGCUGCUGCUCGCUUGGGUAUCCCAGUCGAAGGAGUUUUACCGACUACGAAUCAUCUCGAAUCGUUCAACGGGGUACUGAAGAACGAUGACCUCUCUGAAAUACAGCACGCCGGUCGUCGACUGCGAUUUGACGUCCUCAUCUUCUACAUCAUCUCCUACAUCCUUCCCCUUAUAUUCGCCAAACUGCGUGUCCACCGCCAUUACCUUGAGUGGCGACGCAAACGCUUCUCCCUUGCCGCAGGGAACAUUCACAUUCCUGACCAUCAGACUCUUGCGACACAGAGAACGCAAAGAAUCCUGGCUUGGUAUAGCGUAGACGUUCGCAGAGACAGUGAUGCGCAAUCUAUCGUCGACGCUUGCCGUCUUAUUCCCGUUCCUUGUCCUAUUGCCUAUGAGCUCUGGGCAACGUGUGCCACAUCGUUUGCCGAUACAACCGUCACCACAUAUCCUCGAUAUUGGCUUUCAAUACAUAGCUCAGGUGCAGCGACUUGCACAUGUCCAGACUGGCUUCGGCGAGGAGGUGCAUGCAAGCACCUCCGUGCUUUUCGAAUCGUAAUCCAGUAUUGGAUCACUGCAGGGCAGGUCCCUGAAAUGUAUCUGUUUCCGUCUACGUAUGACGAAGCAUUAGAUAUUCAGGCAAAAAACGAGGCUUGGUAUGGCGAAAAGAUAACGACAUCUAUAACAUCACCCAUCUCCCUCGACACUUGGCCUCAGGGCUACAGUGACUCCACACCGCCUACUACGAUGAUCGCCCCGGGAGAGACCAUCCAUAGAGCAGCACUCCCUCCCCCUCACAUCGAGGAUCGUGUUCCAUCAUUGCUCGUGGAGCAGGAACUGGAGUCACUCGCUACAGGAGCUGAUGACGACGAGGGCCUAGGGCCCACACUUCAGACAGCCAAACCUGAACUCUCCGAGGGUACAAACACCCAACACGAAUGCAACAGCCGUGCAAUCAUGCUUCAGGUACAAAGCCGUAUUGACCAUGAAGUGGCUCAGCUACUUCCUCGCCUGCAUGGCCUUGCCACUCUCAUGGGCGAUGCAAUUCAAGUGAGGCCGAAUGCUAACCUCCUCGAACUCCGUGAAGUGCUUCAGGAUCUUACACAUGAAACGGAAAAACUUACUUCGGGAGACCGCUUGUCUUCGACGGGAGAAACUGCCUCUUCCAAGGCGAGUGUGCCGCAGGCUCUAGACCAACCACUACUGAAGACACCCCCGCAAUCGUCAACCUCGCUCAAGAGAAGUAGGGAGAGCCAGAGCACAGUUUCAUUAAUGCCUCCUUCACCUGAGGCCCAACAAAAACGUAAGAAGUCCUUUGGAUUUCUUUGA